UAGAGAGAUUGCUUCCCUUUCCCUUUAGCAGCCCAAAGCCGUCUUCUUCCAUUUUUCUUCAUGCGUGCAAGCCAUUCUCUUCUUCUUCUUCUUUCUUAACGGUUUAUUUAUUCUUCUCCAUCUCUGCUUCAACCUCAAAAUUCAUCUCUCUUUCUCUCCAUCUUUGUUUCAUAUCAAUCAAUCUUCAUCUUCCCCAUCUAGGUUUUCUUCCAUUUCCUCUGUUUUUUGCAAUCACCAUGGGAAACCAACACACCACCAAAAGAACCCCCGAAGAACUCCAACCGGCCGUAGCCGCUUACGAAGCGGCAUGUCGUGUCGACGACGACGUCCGUUCCUUCGAUAAAACUCUCCAAGCCAGAGCAAAUCAAGUACUUACAACAUUAGCCGACGACGGCGGAGUGGAAGUCAGAGCUCUGUCAUUCGAUUCCUUGAAACAGGUAACGGAAUGUUUGCUGGAAAUGAAUCAAGAAGUGGUUCGAGUGAUAUUGCAAUGUAAAAAGGACAUAUGGAAGAAUCAGGAACUGUUUGAGUUGGUGGAAGAUUACUUUGAGAAUAGCUUGGAGACGUUGGAUUUCUGUACUGCUCUGGAAAACUGUUUGAAGCGAGCUCGAGAUAGUCAGGUGAUGAUUUUAAUGGCGGUGAGGCAGUUUGAGGAAGAUGAAAGGGAAUCUCAAAUGGGUCCGAAUCAGUUCGAUAAAACUUUGAGGGAAUUGAGGAAUUUUAAGGCCUCCGGCGACCCUUUCACGGAUGAGUUCUUCAGAAUCUUUCACUCUGUUUAUAAACACCAAACGGCAAUGCUUGAGAAGCUUCAACAAAAGAAAAACAAACUUGACAAGAAGUUAAAGUCCAUCAGCACAUGGAGGAAGCUCUCAUGCAUGAUAUUCGCGGCCACAUUUGCCGCCGUCUUAAUAUGCUCGGUGGUGGCAACGGUCAUCAUGGCACCACCCGUCGCAGCAGCGCUAUCAGCCGCUUCCUCCAUUCCUCUAGGUUCAAUGGGAAAAUGGAUUGAUUCUCUAUGGAAGAGCUAUGAGAAUGCAGUGAAAGGGCAAAAGGAAGUGAUAAACUCAAUGCAAGUAGGGACAUACAUAGCCAUUAAAGACAUGGACAACAUUCGGAUUCUUGUCGAGAAGCUCGAGAUCGAGAUCAAAGGAAUGUUGGAGAAAGCGGAUUUUGCGAUUAAAGAGGAAGCUUUGAAGGUUGUGGUGGAGGAGAUGAAGAAGAAACUUGAAGUAUUCAUGAAGAGUGUUGAAGAUUUGGGUGUUCAAGCUGAUUUGUGUAGUAGAGACAUUACAAGGGCAAGGACUGUGGUUUUGCAAAGAAUUAUAAAACAUCCUAAUUGAUUAAACAUCUUCUAAUUUGGAUUUGUGUACUUUGUAGCUACAUUCUUUCAUUUGUUAUGUUCUAUUAAUUAAUUUAUUUGGAAAAUAGUUUAUCAUGUUGGUUUAUUGUUCUUUACAAGGUUACAUAUUUCUCCACGAAAUUUAUUAUUAUUUAUGGAUGCGACUACAUUCUUGGGGA